AUAUGGUGCGCACAACGAGAACGCGAGUAGGCCUCUAUUUCGACAUCUCUCCUUCUCUCUCUUUCCGUCGCGCUCACUCGCUCCUGCUCCGUUCUCCGUGUGCCUGUGCGUGCCUCUUUCUCUCUCUCUCUCUCUCUCCCCUCUCUCCCUCCCUCUCUCUCUUUCUCCCUGUCUCUCUUUUUCUCUCUCUUUCUUUCUCUUUCUGUCUCUGUCUUGGUCGCUCCGAAGGAAUGAGUCGUGCAUCACAAUGUAACGGAAUACCCAUCCGUUGGUUAACCUUUUCCCUUUCACAAAGCUCUUUUAUCUGCGACGAAUUUGGAAUAUUCUCGAUAGAAUACAUCCGCUCCGAUUUGCGACACGUGUUAAGCGUCGUUCGGCUUUCCGGACUUUUUUCGUUUUUUUUUUUAAUCUCGAGUUUAAAGAUAUCCUAUACAAAUGAUUCGGAGAUAACGGAAAUGCUCCUUAUCCUAGAUGAAAUUAUAGUAGUAUAUAGCGGCAGUGACGCUCACGCGACAAGCAUAUAGGAACAGGAUGUCGGGGCACAGAGGUGGCGGAGGGGCUGGAAGUCACCAAGGUCCCCCGGGCCUCAAGCAGAUAGAUUUGGAUCAAAUUUGGGGAGAUCUGCGCGAGGGCAUAGAGCAAGUCUAUAACAGGCAGGGCAUGUCCAAGCCAAGAUACAUAGAGCUGUACACACAUGUAUAUAAUUACUGUACAAGCGUUCAUCAGCAGCUAACCAGGACUACAACUAAGAGUAAAAAGGGACAAAUUCAGCAAGGAGGCGCGCAGUUAGUGGGUUUGGAGCUAUACAAACGCCUGCGUGAUUUUCUUAGGAAUUAUCUUAUUAAUUUACUCAAACACGGCGUUGACUUGAUGGACGAGGAUGUGCUGCAGUUCUACACGAGGCAAUGGGAGGAAUAUCAAUUCAGUAGUAAAGUAUUAAACGGCGUAUGUGCAUACCUCAAUCGCCAUUGGGUACGAAGAGAAUGCGAGGAAGGCCGCAAAGGAAUUUAUGAAAUUUACCAAUUAGCCUUGGUUACUUGGCGAGAUAAUUUAUUUAAACAUUUAAAUAGACAGGUUACUAAUGCAGUGCUUAAAUUAAUCGAGAGAGAACGCAAUGGUGAGACGAUAAAUACCCGAUUAGUUAGCGGCGUCAUCAAUUGUUACGUAGAAUUGGGUUUGAACGAGGAAGACCCGGGUGCGAAAGGGCAAAAUCUAACGGUGUAUAAAGAUUCAUUUGAAAAUAUCUUUCUCGAGGAUACGGAACGAUUCUACAAUCGCGAGAGUUCCGAAUUUCUUAGGCAAAAUCCUGUAACGGAAUAUAUGAAAAAGGCUGAACAAAGAUUAUUGGAAGAGCAGAAGCGAGUGCGCGUUUACUUGCAUCAAACGACUCACGAGCGACUGGCGAAAACAUGCGAGAGGGUACUUAUUGAGAAACAUCUGGAUAUAUUCCAUUCUGAGUUCCAGAAUCUUCUGGACGCUGAUAAGAACACAGAUUUGGGUAGGAUGUAUCAGCUAGUAGCGAGAAUACCAAAUGGCCUUGGAGAGUUGAGAAAUCUUUUAGAAAGUCAUAUUGCCAAUCAAGGUCUCGCAGCUAUAGAUAAGUGCGGAGACUCGGCAGCUAACGAUCCGAAAAUUUAUGUAAACACGAUCUUGGAGGUACACAAGAAGUACAACGCUUUAGUGUUGGUCGCAUUUAAUAAUGAUAGCGGCUUUGUUGCUGCCCUGGACAAGGCUUGCGGACGGUUUAUCAAUAGCAAUUCUGUCACAAGGGCAGCAAAUAGCAGCAGUAAGUCACCUGAAUUAUUAGCCAAAUAUUGCGAUCUGCUGCUUAAAAAGAGUAGUAAAAAUCCAGAAGAGGCGGAACUUGAAGACACUCUUAAUCAAGUUAUGGUAGUAUUUAAAUAUAUCGAAGACAAAGAUGUAUUUCAAAAAUUCUAUAGCAAGAUGUUAGCAAAACGAUUGGUGCAACAUAUGUCUGCCAGCGACGACGCAGAGGCUUCCAUGAUCUCUAAGCUGAAACAAGCCUGUGGAUUUGAGUAUACUUCAAAGUUACAACGCAUGUUCCAGGACAUUGGUGUAUCAAAGGAUCUAAAUGAACAAUUCAGGAGGCACUUGACAAAUUCUGCUGAACCUUUAGAUAUAGAUUUCAGUAUACAAGUUUUAUCUUCUGGUUCAUGGCCAUUCCAACAGUCCUUUACAUUUUCUUUACCAAGCGAGCUAGAAAGAUCUGUACAUAGGUUCACUACUUUCUAUAGUUCACAACACAGCGGCAGAAAGUUAAAUUGGCUAUAUAAUAUGUCUAAGGGGGAGCUACAUACAAAUUGUUUUAAGAACAGAUAUACAUUGCAAGCAUCGACUUUCCAAAUGGCAGUUUUGUUAGCGUACAAUGGAUCUACAUCAUGGACAAUACAACAACUGCAAUAUGCAACACAAAUAAAGAUGGAUUUUUUACUGCAGGUUAUUCAAAUACUUUUGAAAGCCAAGCUUUUAACCGCAGCUAGCGAUGAUGUAGCUGAACUGACCCCGUUAUCGACGGUAGAACUUUUUACAGGAUACAAAAACAAAAAGUUAAGGGUAAAUAUUAAUAUACCGAUGAAGACGGAAUUAAAGGUUGAACAAGAGACUACGCACAAACACAUAGAAGAAGAUAGGAAACUUUUAAUUCAGGCAGCAAUUGUUAGAAUUAUGAAAAUGCGGAAAGUAUUGAAACAUCAACAGUUGGUGGCGGAAGUAUUGAACCAAUUAAGCUCUAGAUUCAAGCCGAGAGUACAUGUCAUUAAGAAAUGUAUAGAUAUUUUAAUUGAAAAAGAAUAUUUGGAGCGCACAGAAGGACAAAAGGACACUUACAGCUAUCUGGCAUGAUCAGGGCAACGAUACAGCAACAAAAACAAAAUGAAAAUAAUAUACACACUCACUCAUUCACUUUCAUUGAUAUAUACGUAUCAGACUUAUUUAUUUAAGGUCUCGAAUGUAAUUCCCUAUUUUUAUUCUGUAUGAAUACCCUUGUACCAUACUG